AGCUUAUUGACUCAAUGAGCGUGGAUGUGUUCCUGUACGAUCGCGCUUGUAGAUCUGGCCCAGUGCUAUUUUCCUUGUACCUCAAGGCCUCAUGACUGAAAAUCAAGUAAAAAUAAGACAAAAGAUUGGUCGUUGAACUCAGGAAUGUAUUGUACUCCUGACCGUCAUCGCGGUAACUACCGAUUUUCUUUCUCAAACUUGCUCCUCUUCGAGUCUCACCUGCUCCACUACGUGUAGCCCCUCUUCCAACAGGAACUAUAUUUCCUGAACUUCAAAUUGCACCAGGGUCAAGCAAAUAACCAUGAUCAUUUUUUAAAGCGCUGGAGUUGACACCUCGCUAAAGUUGACGUCGUGGGGUUCUUCCAGACAGGAGCUUCUUAGCAUGUCUCUGCCUCCCUGGUUUUCAAAACUAUAUAACACUGGGAUACAUCGAUACACAUGGAAACUCACAUUUCCAAAGAUCAUGUCGACCUCAUUCUAUCAUGCCGAGCUUAGCAGGGCCCUUUCUGAACAAGCCUUCGGGCUGGCUCGGUUUGACGUCUGCAGAGGCUCAUCGCCCCAUGAGGCCACUGCUUCUGUCACUUUGUUAGAGGGCAGAACUAUUCGCAUAACGCUAACUGCCCGUGGCUACCAACUUGAUGGGGAUCAGAUCUUUGAAUCUAUCGAAGGUCUCUUGCAGGCUGUCAGUGCAGCAUACGAAGGAAGAAGGAGAGAGGCUUUGUUUUCGCGCCUGCGAAGCCUAUCAUGAGACAUUGUUCCCCGCGAUCGCGAUAUACAAUGGCCUUAACCAUAUUUGUAGUAUUUUUGUACUAAUGUAUAGUUGACACAUAUUUUUGUACUUCUUCAUAGCGCUUUACUAGAAGCUCGCCGCCAGGCUCGAUCCUCGAGCAGUCGACUAGUUAGAAUGUCUGGCAGUACUACUUGCAACCUAGAACAAAUUUUUGAUGUAAUUCAGUUUCG